AGGGAGCUAGAGACUCCUCUCCGGCUCUYCAGCUGCCAUCCUAAUCCUGCUGCUGCUCCUCCUCCUCCUCCUUCACCACAACCACUUCUCUUUCUCAUCACAUCCAGAGCACAUUGGAGAUGUGACGAUUAAAGAAGAGAUUGGUGACAUUUAGCUGCCUGUGCAUUGACACGACCUCUUGACCUCAUCUUCAGCAUGAAUGGUGAUAUGCCUCAUGUUCCCAUCACUACUCUUGCUGGAAUUGCUAGCUUAACCGACUUAUUAAACCAGCUGCCUUUACCUUCUCCUCUUCCGGCCACCACUGCUAAAAGUCUGCUCUACAAUGGAAGGAUCUCUGAUGAGGUCAGCAGCCUGUUGGUGUGUCGAGAUGAGAAUCUGGUGACUCAGCUGGCACAUAGCCUUAACCAGGUCUCCACUGAACACAUAGAGCUAAAGGACAACCUGGGAAAUGAUGAACCUGAGGGGGAUAUGCCAAUACUUCUUCAAACUCUACUGUCUAUGAACCCCAGAAUCUUCAGGGACAAAAGUUCAUUGCAGCAGCCACUGAUACAGCAGUAUAAGAUUUCUCAGAAUCAUGGGAGUCCAGCAUCAAACUAUCAGCAAACCACUGUCUCUCAAAGCCCCUCUGGAUGCUUUACAUCCCCACAGUGUGGGACGGCUACACAGUUUGUACCUCAGCAGAACAGUCCAAUCCCAAGUCCCUAUACCCCUCAGAGCCCAGCAGACUUCAUCCAGUACAAUCCACCUAGUUACUCUCAUCAUCAGCAAACUCAGCAAGUUGCUAGUGGAGUGAGAAAUAUCCACGACAACAAAGUUUCUGAACAUCUGUCAAGUAAUUCAUCUAACCAUAAUACAAGACUUGGCUCAGACGAUGACUACAUGAACGUCGCUCAUAGACUGGAAGAUGAGGAAAAUGACUCUUCUAUGAAGGUUGCUCUGUUUCCCGUUAAAUCUCAUCCUGUGUGUUCCCCCACUAGGAGUGAAGAGAAAGCAAAAAGGUCCAGGCCUCCUCUCAUCAUGCAGUCACCUCCAGUUGAAGAACAAGGUGCAUCACCUGACCCACUCCUCACUGCGACUGACCGCAAAAAGAAACAAAGAGACAAAAACAAAGACGAAAAUGACCACAUGGACAAAAAUGUUUACUAUGACAUAGUCAGUUCUCCAUCUAAGGACUCUGCCAAGCUGACAUUAAAGCUUUCCAGAGUGAAGGUUCAAGGCCUGAACCAAUCUGAAGAACUGUCCCCGAGAUCAAACAUGGACUCAGAGUCAGACCACAAAACGGUUAUAUUGAACAAUAAUAAUCAGUUGUUCAGUACUCCACAAGACUUUUCUCACAAAUUAGAAGCCGAGGAGCAGGAAAACUGUCAACAGGUUGCUGUGCAGCCGAAUACAAAGGAAACUGGAAUCAUCAGCGUGUUUGAUGACUCUGAGAUCGAUGCACUUGCAGAAAUUGACAGAAUAGAAUGCGAAUCAGCCAAUGAGAGAGAACGAUACCCGAAAGAGGUCCAGGACAAAGAUAAGCCACUGAAAAAACGUAAACAAGACACAUAUCCUCAGGAACAUGAAGUCGAGACAAGUGAGGGGCCUGCUGUGCAUGGGGCCAACAGCAUCAGCAGGCUGACACCCAAAAAAUCAAGUACUGCAAGUAACGGUACCGUUCGACCUGCCUUGAUGGUCAGUAUUGAUCUACAGCACGCUGGCAGGAAAGUAGGACAGCCUGUAGUGAUGUUGGAACCGCAGCCGUUGUGUGAAGAUCACGUACGUCGCAUUAAGACAAACGCUGAUGAAAAGGUCAAUAAAGCUGCUGAACACAGACCUGGGAUCAUCAGACAGCUUCUUGACACCUGCCACACGUCUGGUACAGAUGAGCAUAAAGACACCCAUAAGCAGAAGCAGGAAAGCCGAUGUGAAUUAAGACACAAACACGACACAAACACUGACCACAACACGGAACAUUCAGAUAAUAUACAAUUGGACAUGGCAUGGCAGAAACAUGACAGGCUUUCAGAUUCACGUCCCAAAGAGGAAAAGAUCAACAGUCACAGAUCCCAUGGCAGCAGACCUGAAAUUCCAAAAUCCACGGGCAAGGUGGACUGUAACGCCAGACAUGAAGACGACAAAGGCAUUGAUAUAGAAAAGGAUAUGAACAGAGAGACGCAGAGGGACAGGGAUGAACACAAAGGCAAACUCAGGAAUAAAAGCAAAGUGAGAGAUAGGGUCAAACCCAGUGAAAGAGACAAGGACAGAGAAAAAGACAGGUGUAGAGACAAAGACAGAGAAGAAGAUGAGGAGAUAAACACAGGUAAAGACAAAGACAAGAACAAAGUCAAAAACAGAAACAUGGACAGAGAAAAAGACAAAGACAGGAAUAGAGGAAGAGAAAAAGACGUGGACACAGAAAAAGAAAAGAAUGGGAAUGGAGGCAAAGAACAGGGCUUAGACAGCAAUGGAGACAACAACAGAGAUGAAGUUACAGAGAUGAACAGAAAUAAAGGCAGGAGUCGAGUCAAAAUCACAGACAUGGACAGGAGUAGAGGUAGAGAAGACAUGGACAGAGAAAAAAUCAAAGACAGGAAUAAAAGCAAAGAAAAUGAUAAAGGCGUGGAAAGAGAAUUGGACAAAGACAUGAUUGGAGACAUAGACAAAGAUAAAAAUGAGGAGAACAGAGAUAAAGACAAAGAUAGGAAUAGAGUCAAAAACAGAGUCUUGGACAGAGAAAAAGACAAAACUAGGAAAAGAGACAAAGAAAAAUAUUUAGAAAGAGAAAAAGACAGGGAUGGGAUUGGAGACCAAGACAAAGAUGAAGGCAAGGAGAUUAGCAGAGACAAAGACAAGAAAAAAGUUAAAAACAGACAAAUAGACAGACAAAAAGACAAGGAUGGGAUUGAAGACAAAGACAGAGAUGAAGACAAGGAGAUUAGCAGAGACAAAGACAAGAAAAAAGUUAAAAACAGAGACAUGGACAGAGAAAAAGACAUGGAUGGGACUGGAGACAAAGACAGAGAUAAAGACAAGAAAAAAGCUAAAAACAGACAAAUGGACAGAGAAAAAGACAAGGAUGGGACUGAAGACAAAGACAGAGAUAAAGACAGGGAGAUUAACAGAGACAAAGACAAGAAAAAAGGUAAAAACAGAGACAUGGACAGAGAAAAAGACAUGGAUGGGACUGGAGACAAAGACAGAGAUAAAGACAAGAAAAAAGUUAAAAACAGACAAAUGGACAGAGAAAAAGACAAGGAUGGGAUUGAAGACAAAGACAGAGAUAAAGACAAGAAAAAAGGUAAAAACAGAGACAUGGACAGAGAAAAAGAAAAGGAUGGGAUUGGAGACAAAGACAGAGAUGCAGACACAGAUAGUAAAAGAGACAAAGACAAGAAAAAAAGUAAAAACAGAGACAUGGAUAGAGAAAAAGACAAGGAGAGAAUUAGAGACGACAAAAAAGAAUUGGACAGAGAAAAAUACAAAGGCAGGAAUAGAGGCAAAGAUAAAGAUGUGGACAGAGAAAUGGACAUAAGUGAAGACAAAGGCAGGGAUGACGAAGAGAUGAACAAAGAUAAAGACAAAGACAGGAAUAGAGUCAGAAAUAGAGUCUUGGACAGAGAAAAAGACAAGGACUGGUAUAGAGGCAAAGAAGAUAAAUGCCUGGACAGAGAAAGGGACACAGACCGAGACAAAGGCUGGAACAGCAAGCACAGGACAUUGUCAAAAGACGUUUGCAGCAAAAGCUCCCACGAUCAGGACACUAAACCUGAAAGCCCCAAAACAAAACAAGAUGGAAGCAGAAAAUCUGCUGAUCUGAAUGGAGGACAGAAGACAGGCAGCUCCAGCCACCAAAAUCCCACAAAUAAAGACCACAGAACAAGCAGGGAUGGCAACGUAAUCUGCCUGGCUGGAAACAAACGGCCGGCCUCUGAAACUAAGACCAGCGAGCUCCCCUCAUACCUGCUGGGCGGCUCUACAGGAAGCCUUAAGAACUUUGUGAUUCCUAAACUGAGCAGAACUGGAGCAGAUAAGGACCCCAAAAGCACUUUGUUUUUUGCCUGGAGCGAACCUCGUGUGAGAUUGGAGAGAGUGUCGCUCAUACAGACCUUAAACAAGAAAAGUAAGCCAGUCGUCGUGCUGAGGAGACUCAGCAUUGAGGACGUUAAAAGGAUGAUUAAGGAAACCAAGGAUGCACACAGCUCUCGAUCCAAAUACUGGUCCUCGUUUCAAAGUUCAACCAGAGGGAUGUUUUGCGAGAGAGCAAAUAAGCGACGACACAGCAUGAUUAGUCAGAGGUCUAAAUAUGCUGAGGUGGACUCCAACGAUGAUACAGAGUCUGACUCUGACGGCCAAUCUGCAAGAAAAAGGAAAAAGGGCAACCAUGACAAGACAUGGAAGUUCGAAGAGAAGAAGGGCUCCAGGGACCGCCGGCGAAGUGGAGGCUUUUCUAACUCACGCCGUAACCGAGACUGGAGCUCAGAUAGUUCAGAUCAAGACUCUUCACCUCCUCGCAUGAAUGAUGUUUCCAGAAAAAUGCAGAAAAAGGCCAAACAGAAAAGCAGAAUGAUGUUUGAUUCCAUGACAACAGAGGAAAAGUUGGACUCCUCUACAUUUAAGAGAUUUGCAUCUAAUGUGGACAGCAUUCUUGAGAGCCUGGAUGAUGUAGACCUCACUGCAGCAGAUGACGAUGAGAUUCCUCAAGAGCUCCUCCUUGGGAAACAGCAGCUGAGUGAGCUGGGCAGCGAUUCUACCAUGAUUAAAGCUAUGGGCGUCUUUUGCAAGUUUUCAUCUAGUAAACUGGUGAAAAUUCUGAACGUACUGGAGAAGAACAUCAAAGACAGUGUCACUCUCUCCACCUUAAUGAGUCACGAUGACUCCAUGGAUGAAGAGCGUUUGUGGCGUGACCUCAUCAUGGAGCGUGUGACCAAGUCUGCAGACGCCUGUUUGACUGCGCUCAACAUAAUGACGUCUCCACACAUGCCUAAAGUCGUUUACAUCGAGGACGUGAUCGAGAGGGUGCUGCAGUUCACCAAGUUCCACCUGCAGAGCACUUUGUACCCUCAGUACGAUUCUGCCUACAGACACGGAGGUGGCACCCACUCUUCAAAGUCCAAGAGAGCAAAGUCUUCCGGCCACAAACAGAAAGUGAUUGUGGUGCUCUACAACAAAGUGUGCGACAUUAUCAGCAACAUCUCAGAGCUCCUGGAAAUCCAGCUGCUCACCGACACCACAAUUCUCCAGGUGUCCCACCUUGGUAUUACACCGUUUUUUGUGGAGAAUGUCAGCGAACUGCAGUUAUGUGCCAUCACACUAGUGACAGCAGUGUUCUCUCGUUACGAGAAGCACAGGCAGCUGGUUCUUGAAGACAUUUUCACUUCCCUGGCAAGACUUCCUACGAGUAAACGCAGUCUCAGGAACUUUAGGCUGAACAGCAGUGAUUUUGAAGGAGAGCCCUUGUACAUCCAGAUGGUCUCAGCCCUCGUUCUUCAACUCAUCCAGUGUGUGGUCAACUUUCCCUUUGAGAGGGAGACAGAGGAGGAACGCAAUAAAAAGGUGGAUAAAGAUGCUUUCAUUACAAAUUCUUAUGAAACUGCCAUGAGGACAGCUCAGAACUUUCUCUCAGUUUUUCUUAAAAAGUGUGGCAGUAAACAGGGCGAGGAAGACUACAGGCCUCUGUUUGAGAACUUUGUUCAUGACCUGCUGUCAGCUGUCAACAAGCCUGAGUGGCCUGCAGCUGAACUGCUGCUCAAUUUACUGGGCCGACUUCUGGUGCACCAGUUCAGCAAUAAGCAGACAGAAAUGGCACUCAGGGUGGCAUCGCUGGACUACCUCGGUACUGUUGCCUCCCGCCUGCGUAAAGAUUCUCUCUCCAGCAAGAUGGACCAAAGAACUAUUGAUCGCAUUCUUAAAGAGACUCCAGGCAGUGAUGAGAUACAGCAACUCCAAAAGGCUUUGUUGGUCUUUCUAAAUGGAAACAUUGAUAAUGACCCAGCUUUACUGUUUGCCAGGAACUUUUAUAUUGCCCAGUGGUACAGGGAUAAUACAGUCGAGGUGGAAAAAGCAAUCAAGUCUCAAAAUGAAAACGAUGAGGACUCCAAAGGUUGGCGGCAUUCCAAAAAUGCCGACCCAAGUGAGGAGAUUGCGCAGAACGCUGAGGCACGGAAGAAAUUCCUUCGUAAGAUCAUCAAGACUGCACCUUCAAACUUCAGCUCUCUGAGAGGGAAUUCUGACACAGUAGACUACGAAGACUCUUGUCUGAUUGUCAGAUAUCUGGCCUCUUUGAGACCGUUUGCACAGAGCUUUGAUAUUUAUUUAUCACAGAUCCUGAGAGUGCUGGGUGAGAGUGCCAUCGCAGUGAGAACUAAAGCCAUGAAAAGUCUGUCUGAAGUUGUGGCUGUGGAUCCAAGUAUUUUAGCACGAUUGGACAUGCAGCGCGGAGUACAUUGUCGCCUCAUGGAUAAUUCCACAAGUGUACGAGAAGCAGCGGUAGAGCUUCUUGGUCGCUUUGUGCUGAGUCGACCUGAGCUCAUUGAGCAAUAUUACGACAUGCUCAUUGAAAGAAUACUGGACACGGGUAUCAGUGUAAGAAAAAGAGUCAUUAAGAUCCUAAGGGACAUUUGCUUGGAGCAGCCGGACUUCCACAAGAUCACCGAGAUGUGCGUCAAGAUGAUCCGAAGAGUCAACGACGAAGAAGGGAUCAAGAAACUGGUGAACGAGACAUUCCAGAAACUCUGGUUUUCUCCCACGCCCAAUCACGACAAAGAAGCCAUGUCCAGGAAGAUCUUGAACAUCACAGAUGUUGUGUUGGCGUGCAAAGAUACAGGUUAUGACUGGUUUGAGCAGCUUCUGCAAAAUCUUCUGAAAUCAGAGGAGGAUGCUUCGUACAAACCUACCAAGAAGGCUUGCAUCCAGUUAGUGGACAAUUUAGUGGAACAUAUCCUGAAAUAUGAGGAGUCUAUUGCAGACUGUGAAGACAAAGGGGUGAACUCAGGCCGUCUGGUAGCGUGCAUCACCACUCUCUACCUGAUAACUAAAAUCAGAGCCCAGUUUAUGGUCAAACAUGCCAUGACAAUGCAGCCCUACCUGACCAUCAAAUGCAAUACCCAAAAUGACUUCAUGAUGAUUUGCAAUGUGGCCAAGAUCGUGGAGCUUGUCGUGCCUCUGAUUGAUGAGCCAAGUGAGACGUUCCUCGCCACGAUUGAGGAAGACCUGAUGAAACUCAUUAUCAAAUACGGCAUGAUGGUGGUGCAGCACUGUGUGAGCUGUCUCGGCGCUAUCGUGAACAAGGUCACACACAACUACAAGUUUGUUUGGGCUUGUUUCAAUCGAUUUUACGGAGUUCUGGUUAAAUUGAAGACGCAGCACCAGGAAGACCCCAGCAGCUCCACUUUGGCUGCUAACAAACCCACCCUGCUGCGUUCCUUGUUUACCGUGGGGGCUCUCUGUCGAUACUUUGACUUCGACCAAGAAGAGUUCAAGGGUGCCAACAAGAUCAUCAUUAAGGAAAAAGUCUUGGAGCUUCUGCUGUAUUUCACCACUCAUGUGGAUGAGGAAGUCCAGACCAAGGCCAUCAUGGGUCUAGGGUUCCAGUUCAUCAUGCACCCAGAGCUCAUGUUUGUGCAGGACAUAAAGGUCCUGUAUAACAACUUACUGUCCGAUGACAACAGUGCUGUCAACCUAAAGAUCCAGGUGCUCAAAAACCUGCAGACGUACCUGCAGGAGGAGGACUCUCGAAUGCAGGAGGCAGACCGAGAAUGGAAGAAUCAAGCCAAACAGGAAGAUUUGAAGGAGAUGGGAGACAUCUCAUCAGGCAUGAGCAGCUCCAUUAUGCAGAUUUACCUCAAGCAGGUGCUGGAGUCCUUCUUCCACUCGCAGUCCACGGUUCGGCACUUUGCUCUGAGUGUCAUCACUCUGACUCUCUGCCAGGGCCUCAUCCACCCUGUACAGUGUGUGCCCUACUUGAUUGCCAUGGGCACAGAUCCAGAGCCAACCAUGAAGAACAAAGCAGACCAACAACUAGUGGAAAUUGACAAGAAGUAUUCAGGUUUCAUCCAUAUGAAGGCUGUUGCGGGGUUGAAGAUGUCCUAUCAGGUGCAGCAGGCCAUAAAUGCUGGCAAAAGUGCGGUGAUUCGAGGUUUUCGUCACGACGACUCAGACUCCGCCCUCUGCUCUCAUCUCUACACAUUGGUCCGCGGGAACCGACAACACAGACGAGCUUUCCUCAUUUCCCUCCUCAACCUGUUCGAUGACAGCUCUAAAACAGAGGUGAACAUGCUGCUCUUUGUAGCCGACAACCUGGCCUGCUUCCCGUACUUAACCCAGGAAGAGCCUCUUUUUAUCAUGCACCACAUAGACAUCACUCUGUCUAUCUCUGGCAGCAACCUGCUCCAGUCUUUCAAGGAGUGUUUACGGAAGGAGCCCGUAAGGCACGAGAAGAAGGUAAAGACUAAAAAAAGAAAAAAGAAGCAUUCUCGCAGGAGGAAAAGCAGUUCGGAUGAGGAUGAAGAGGAGGAGGAAAGGCAGAGCAGCAGCACAUCUAGCAGCAGUGAUGAGGAAGAAGAGGUGGUUCACAAAAGAAAGAAGCCCGGAGCCCCCGACUCGGACUCAGAUUUGGACGAUGAGGAGGCGGUGUUGGACCGUUUGCCUGACAACACCGCCCCUCUGCUGGAAUUUGCGAGCGCUUCACAGGGUGUUCUGCUCCUGCUGGUGCUCAAACAGCAUCUGAAAAACCUGUACGGCUUCUCAGACAGCAAAAUCCAGAAGUAUUCACCAACAGAGUUGGCCAAAGUCUAUGACAAGGCUGUGAACAGGAAGUCCAAGGUGCACUUCAGUCCUCGUCAGACUCUGGAUUACCUGAAGAGCAACCUAGCCAACAGAGAGCUCAGCUACGAGUCAAAGAAGAACAUCAUCAAACAGUAUUUGGAUUUCAAGGUACUGAUGGAGCACUUGGAUCAUGAGGAAGAGGAUGAGGAGGAAGGUGAAGCGAAUGCCAACGCCAGAAACAAAGCCAUCAGUUCUCUGCUGAAGGGCCCGAAACCCCAAAACCACAGCAAUCACACUGCUCCCCUGGAGACAGAGGAUGAGGAGAGCGAGGAAGAAGAUCCUCCUGCGCGAAAACCGAAGAAAGGCGGGGAUUCCGCGGAGGAUGUGGGUAACCUGAACGAGACAGUAGAAGUGAUGGACGUCGUCGCCGUCUUCCGCCCCAAAUACAAAGACAGACCGCAGAUCGCCAAGGUCGUCCAGAAGAGCAGAAGCGGCUACAGCAUACACUGGAUGACGGGAUCGUACUCCGGACAGUGGACUACGGCAAAGAAGCGGGAUGGUCGCAAAAAGGUGCCUUGGGUCGACACGAUCAAGGAGUCGGACAUCAUUUGCAAGAAAAUCUCCUUGACGAGUGGACAGAAGCUCUCAACGAAAACGGCACAGACGUUACGGGCGCUGUACGUCGCCAAGGAGGGAACUAAGAGUUCAAAACUACAACUCAACUGAAACAGCCCGGAUCGACGGGGAGGGAUCGGUUUUAGAUUUUAACGCCAUCGUGGAGGAAAUGCUCACUUUGUCACUGCGGACGUGAAAAAAAAAAAAAAACAGAGAAGGAAAUGUUUGCGAAAAACAUUGUGUGGGAGUUCCUUCGCUGUUGUGCAGCAACCUGGAUGUUGGGUUUUUACUCCCACUGUACCAUAGUUUAAAAGAAACAUGUUUAUAUCUGAAUAUAAUUCUGUAAAAAAGGAAAGACAAAAAAGUAAAGUGAAUGUUGGAAACUAGUGUAUUGAUGAUGUUCUUAAUAAAGUGUUUUUUUUUUUCUGUUUUUGUUUUUUAUUAUUAUAAAUACCACCAGAUGGAUUUAUUUACUUGACCAGAACUCUCAAAGACUUUGAACAUUUAGAUGUUUCCCCACCUGUGUGUUAGACUAUCUUUGAUAUAAUUUAUGUUUAAAGCAGUGCAGUAUCUGUGCCUAGAGUGAUUUUAAUAUAGAUUUUGAUGUUCUACAACACAGGGAAACAGUAACGUUAUCACUGCGGCACUUCUAGUGGAACAAAUACUGCAAUAAAGUUUUUUUACACCUUUA